AUGAAUCAGGCCCUCCAGCUGGCUUCAGCCUUCUCAGAAACCGCCAAAUUGGCGCAGAAGAUUCGGGAGUUGGAGAUGGCGGACGCUCAGCUGGAACAGCACAGAGAGGUGCUCAAAGCCGCAAUAGCCUUCCACCGUCGGAGGCGUUCCCUGCGCAACGCCCUGGCCGCGAUCCCAGAGUGCGAUGCCGAGCAGCCGCAACCGCUGCCGCAGAUGGUCGCGCUGCCCUAG